CAGUCUUUCCCCAACUAUAAAUGCCCAAUUUAGAGCUCAGCAAAGAAAAAAAGAAAAAAAUAUAUAUAUUUUAAGCCUAGAAACCUCCAUUUCAAGAAAGCAUCAUAAUUAAUCAUUCCCACUCUCCCUCUCUUUCUAUUAAUACUACUUGUUGUAUUCUAUCCUCCCACGACAGCACAAAGGCAUAUAUGGAGAAUAUGAGUGAAGAAUAUAAACAAUACAAACAUUAUUGGGAAACCAAUAUGUUCCUCCAAACUGAAGAGCUUGAUAGUUGGGGAUUGGAUGAGGCUUUUUCUGGGUACUAUGAUUCGAGCUCACCAGAUGGGGCAGCAUCAUCGGCAGCUUCAAAGAACAUUGUGUCAGAGAGGAAUAGGAGGAAGAAGCUGAAUGAAAGACUCUUUGCACUUAGAGCGGUGGUCCCCAAUAUUAGCAAGAUGGAUAAGGCAUCGAUAAUCAAGGACGCAAUUGACUAUAUCCAAGAGCUGCACGACCAAGAAAAAAGAAUCCAAGCUGAGAUAAUGGAUCUUGAAUCCGGGAAAUUGAAGAAAAAUCCCGGUUAUGACUUUGAUGAUCUGGAGUUACCUGUCUUGUUGAGAUCAAAGAAAAAGAAAACUGACCAAUUUUAUGAUUCUGGGGGUUCAAGAAUUUCCCCUAUUGAAGUCCUAGAACUCAGAGCUACUUACAUGGGAGAGAAAACUGUGGUGGUGAGUCUAACAUGUAGUAAAAGGACAGAUACGAUGGUGAAACUUUGUGAGGUCUUUGAAUCUUUAAAGCUCAAAAUUAUUACUGCAAACAUCACCGCUUUUUCUGGGAGGCUUGUCAAAACAGUCUUCGUGGAGGCAGAUGAAGAGGAGAAAGAUCAUUUGAAGAUAAGGAUCGAAACAGCUAUUGCGGCUCUCAAUGAUCCACAAAGCCCUAUGAGCAUCUAAUGACGUGGGACUGAAGUUUGAAUCCUCUAUUGGUGGGAUGUUUGGUCACUAUGUCCUUUUCAUGUUUUCAUGAAGAUUUAGUUCAACUCUUUGUUGGGGUUUUAAAUUUAAUCAUUGUUUUCCUUGAUGAAGAGUCUUUGGUCUUGUUUCUUAGGGGAAAGCUACAUAGUUUUUAGUUAACUCCGCCAUCUGAAAUAAUUAUAUGUUGUCAACUUGUUUUUCAAUACUAGAAUAACUUCUUGUCCGAUUAAAGUUGCCUUUUGAAGUAUCCUUGGAAAUAAAAUUUUGUUUGCCGUUUCCCGUUGCUUUU